AUGCCCAAUAUCACUAGAAUAACAGGUUUCAUCCUUACGGGAUUCUCGGAUGCUUCUGAGCUACAGACUGUAUGUGGGCUGUUCUUCCUGGCAAUGUACCUAGAAGUCAUAAUGAGUAACAGCCUCAUCAUCACUCUCAUCACUCUGGAUCUGAAGCUCCAAACACCCAUGUACUUCUUCCUGAAGAAUUUGUCCUUGUUGGAUGUCUUCUUUAUUUCUGUUCCAAUCCCAAAUUUCUUUAUCAAUAGCAUAACUCACAGUAACUCAAUUUCUAUUCUGGGUUGUGCCCUCCAAGUGUUUUUAAUGACUUCUUUUGCAUCUGGGGAAGUAUUUGUCCUAACAGCAAUGUCAUAUGACCGCUAUGUUGCCAUCUGCUGUCCUCUGCAUUAUGAGGCCAUCAUGAGUAGUGGGAACUGUGUGCUGAUGGUGGGUGUUUCCUGGGCUACUGGAUUACUCUUUGGAACUAUAUACACAGUUGGCACAUUUUCCAUGCCUUUUUGUGGCUCCAAUGUGAUCCCACAGUUUUUCUGUGAUGUUCCUUCAUUGUUAAGGGUUUCCUGCUCUGACACACUUGUGGUCAUUUAUACAAGUCUUGGAAUUGGUGUUUGUCUGGGCAUGUCUUGUUUCAUGUGUGUUGCGAUCUCUUACUUUUACAUUUUCUCCACUGUGCUGAAGAUUCCUACCACUAAAAGUCAGUACAAAGCAUUUGCUACUUGCCUCCCCCACCUCUCUGUUUUCAGUGUUUUUAUUGUUACUGCUUGUUUCAUCUAUCUGAAGCCACCCUCAGAUGCACCAUCAAUUUCAGACAGGCUGUUUUCUGUGUUACACACUGUGUUGCCUCCAGCACUUAAUCCUGUUAUUUACAGCCUGAGAAAUACUGAUGUCAAAUGUGCUUUGACGAGGUUGCAACAAAAUCUCUGCCCAGGUGUUUCACUUCAUGUAACAGUUCAAAGUAUCUGUUCAUGGUUUUGUGGCUCACAUUUUACAAGCAAGUUUUGUAAUUUUUGA